ACUAAAUAUUUUGAAAGACAGACAAAGUGAGAUGGAUAAAGAACUUCAAACCACCAGGUCUGUUCUAAAUAAAAAAGAGGAAGAACUGAAAUCUUUCAAAGACAGAGUGGCAUUGGAAGUUGCUCCCUCAAUAAAAACAGGAAACACUAUGAGCCUCAACAGCCCAGUCAGUAAAAACAGAAUAAGAGAAAUGUAUGAAACUCUGAGAUGUGACUGGCCAAAAAUCAAAGAAGAUUUGAAGUUAGCUGGGGAAAAACCAGAUUCUGUCCAAAAAAUGAUUCAGAAACGGUUUACCUUGUCAAGAACAGACAUGGAAAAAAAGAAUGUGAUGAUAUCAAGUUUCUUUGAGUUGGAUAAGUCCAAACAUGGAACAGAAUCUCCAGAGGUUAAAGAAAACUUGCUGUUAGCAAUUCAGAAUCUGCAGCUGGCGAUCUACAAUCAGAAAUAUGGCAACGGUUCACAGAAACCCUUAUCUGCACACGAAGUCACAAACCAUAAAGAUAUGAUGGAGUAUUUGAGCGCUGAAUGCUACUGGCUUGGAUGUCUGAUGGCUCUGAAUAAUCCUCCCAUUAAUCCGGACUGGGAGAAUCACGCUGAGUCAAUGGACAAAUGGGACAUUCUCCCCCGAAAUAUUACAGCUGCUUCUGUAAAGAAGUGAGAGAAAAAAAAAUCAUGUUCUGUCAGCAUCUUUGGGAUUUCUUCAUAAACUGUAUAAAUCUUUUUAACUGAACUCUAAAAUUGUAUGAGAUUUACAUGUUUUUCUUUUUUGUGGGAAAUAUUUAAUUAGGCAGUAAAAAACCAUAAAUUUGACUUUCUGGAACUGAAAUGAAGAAAAUAAACUCUUUCAGUUAGUAAUCUGUGAAGUCAAUUGUUACUUUUUGGUUAAUUAAGGGCCAUUUACAGUUACAGUAUAAAGUAUCACUAGUUUUAUCUCUGUCAGAGUUUACUAUAAACUUUGGUAAAGUUUGAAAAUGUUUCAAUUUAUAUCAAUAUUUUAUGCAUUUAAAAUGUCCUAAAUUGGACCAGGUUCAAAGAAGGAUACCAUUUCACAACUUGAUUAAAGUAUAUUAGGGUUUUAAAAAAUGUGAAGUAGCAUUUUUUAUUCUUGAUCUUAUGUUUUCGUAAUAAAAGUGGGUCAGAAAUAUAACAUUUUAUUUAAACAAAGAUUUUAAAGACGACUAAUAACAUGCACUGUAUAGAUCAGAAUUGUAUUUACCAAAUAUUUACAUAUUUAUUAUUGCCUGUUUUACUUUUAGUAGAUGAUUUCUUCAUUGGAUCCAUGUGAAUAAAUGUAUUAUCUAUAAAAAAACAUGAACUGACUGU